AUGGAAUUUGUGCGGGCGCUGUGGCUGGGCCUGGCGCUGGCGCUGGGGCCGGUCCCCGCUGGGGGCCACCCACAGCCUUGCGGCGCCCUGGCGCACCUGGGGAGCUCAGUGCGCCUGGGCGCCCUCCUGCCUCGCGCGCCCGCCGCCCGCGCCCGCGUCCGCACCGCCCUGUCCCGGGCCGUCCUGGCGCCGCAGCUACCGCACAACUUGAGCUUGGAGCUCGUGACCACCGCGAUCCCCGCCCGCGACCCCGCCUCGCUGGCCCACGGCCUGUGCCAGACGCUGGCGGCGCCAGGCGUGGUGGCCGUGCUCGCCUUCCCCGAGGCCCGGCAGGAGUUGCUGCAGCUGCACUUCCUGGCGUCUGCCACGGAGACCCCCUUGCUCAGUCUGCUGCGGUUGGAGGCGCGUGCGCCCCUCGGCACCCCGAACCCAUUCCACCUACAGCUGGACUGGGCCAGCCCCCUGGAGACGCUGCUUGAAGUAUUAGUGUCCGUGCUGCAGGCCCACACCUGGGAGGAUGUUGGCCUGGUGCUCUGCCGUGUGCGGGACCCUCGUGGACUGGUGGCCCUCUGGACAAGCCGGGCUGGCAGGGCCCCAAAGCUUGUGCUGGACCUGAGCCGGCCGGACACCAGUGAUGCAGAGUUGCAGGCUCGCCUUUCCUUGCUGGGGGCGCUGGAGAGGGGCUCAGCCCUGGUACAUGUGGCUGUGCUCCUUGGCUGUGACAUGGCCCACACCCGUCAGAUACUGGAGGCUGGGCCCCCUGGGCCCCGCUGGCUGCUAGGCACGCCAUUGCCCGCUAAGGCACUGCCCACUGAGGGCCUACCACCUGGGCUGCUGGCGCUGGGUGAAGUGGCUCGACCACCACUGGAGGCUGCUAUCCAUGAUGCAGUGGAGCUGAUAGCACGGGCGCUGGCCAGCGCGGCCCAUGUGCAGCCAGAGCGUACCCUUCUCUCUGCCACCAUCAACUGCAAUGAUCUGCAGCCAGCCAAGCAGCCCAAGUCCUCAGGCCGCUUCUUGGCACAAUUUCUGAGCAACACAUCCUUCCAGGGCCGCACAGGGCCAGUGUGGGUGACCAGCUCCUCCCAGGUGUACAUGUCCCGGCACUUCCGGGUGUGGAGCCUGCGCCAGAACCCAUUGGGCAGUCCAGCCUGGGCCACACUGGGCAGCUGGUGGGACGGGAAGCUGGAGUUGGAGCCAGGGAGUGGUGCUCUGCGGCCCCCACCCCCAAAGGGCACCUGGGUUCAGCCCAAGCUGCGUGUGGUGACCCUGGUGGAGCACCCAUUUGUGUUUGCCCGAGAGCCAGAUGAAGACGGGCAGUGCCCAGCAGGACAACUGUGCCUGGACCCUGGCACCAAUGACUCGGCCACUCUGGAUGCGCUGUUUGCUGCCCUGGCCAAUGGCUCAGUGCCCCGUGCUCUGCGCAAGUGUUGCUAUGGCUACUGCAUUGACCUGCUAGAGCGCCUAGCAGAGGACACACCCUUUGACUUUGAGCUGUACAUCGUGGGUGAUGGCAAAUAUGGUGCCCUGAGGGAUGGCCGCUGGACCGGCCUUGUGGGUGACCUGCUGGCAGGUAGGGCCCACAUGGCAGUCACCAGCUUCAGCAUCAACUCGGCCCGCUCAAAGGUGGUGGACUUUAGCAGCCCCUUCUUCUCCACAAGCCUGGGCAUCAUGGUGCGGGUGCAGGACACAGCCUCACCCCUUGGUGCCUUCAUGUGGCCCCUGCACUGGACCAUGUGGCUGGGUGUCUUUGCUGCCCUGCACCUCACCGCACUUUUCCUCACGCUUUAUGAGUGGCGCAGUCCCUAUGGCCUCACUCCCCGUGGCCGGAACCGAGGCACCGUUUUCUCCUAUUCCUCAGCCCUGAACCUCUGCUACGCCAUCCUGUUUGGACGCACAGUGUCCAGCAAAACACCUAAGUGCCCCACAGGGCGUCUGCUCAUGAAUCUGUGGGCCAUCUUCUGCCUGCUCGUGCUGUCCAGCUACACAGCCAACCUGGCUGCCGUCAUGGUCGGGGACAAGACAUUUGAGGAGCUGUCAGGGAUUCACGACCCCAAGCUGCACCACCCAUCCCAGGGCUUCCGCUUUGGCACUGUGUGGGAGAGCAGCGCAGAGGCCUACAUCAAGAAGAGCUUCCCUGAGAUGCAUGCGCAUAUGCGGAGACACAGCGCCCCCACCACGCCCCAGGGCGUCGCCAUGCUCACGAGCAACCCCCCCAAACUCAACGCUUUCAUCAUGGACAAAUCACUUCUGGACUACGAGGUCUCCAUCGAUGCCGACUGUAAACUACUAACCGUAGGCAAGCCCUUCGCCAUUGAGGGUUAUGGCAUUGGACUCCCUCAGAACUCACCGCUCACCUCCAACCUGUCAGAGUUCAUCAGCCGCUACAAGUCCUCUGGCUUCAUCGACCUGCUGCAUGACAAGUGGUACAAGAUGGUGCCUUGUGGGAAGCGGGUGUUCGCUGUCACAGAGACCUUGCAGAUGGGAAUCUACCACUUCUCGGGUCUCUUUGUGCUGCUCUGUCUGGGCCUGGGUAGUGCCCUGCUCAGCUCCCUGGGGGAGUACAUCUUCUACCACCUGGUGCUGCCAUGCAUUCGGAGGAGCAACAGGUUGCAGUACUGGCUACACACAAGCCAGAGAAUCCACCGUGCCCUCAACACACAGCCACUGGACAGACAGAAGGAACCUGAGCCCAGAGAGGGAACACCAGCCCAGCCCCACUUAUCUUCUAUCCCUAGGGGUCUGGAGAAGCAGCAGCAAGAUAUACCAACUGCCCCUGCAAGCCAGUGCGACUGGACACAGGUACACCAGGCCACAGUAAGGGAGUGUCACGUACACUUCCUACUGGAGCCAGCCUUGGCCACUGCUGCACCAGCAGUGGGUACAGAUAUGGAGAGGACCAGGUUGCCCAAGGGUCUUGCCUGGCUCUGCUCCAAUGGCCAGCCACCCACCAUGCUGCCCACUGGUGCCCCAAAUCCAGGGGAACUGGAGGAACUGGAGCAGCAUAUUGCAGAUGCACGCACAAGACUCCACCAGGCACUGGUGCGGCGUGGGGAGCUCCUGGCCCAGCUUCCAGGCAGUGUCUGCUCUAGGCCUGCAGGGAAGCACCAGGGGACCUCCUAG